CUUAUAAUUAAACGCCACUGUCUACAAUCUCCAGGUAACCAUGUCCAGCUUCUUCCAGUAGUCUCCUCCAUCUCCCGCCGCCACCACCGCCGCCUUUUCCGGCGGUAUGUCGGUGGCAUGCGGCCUAGAGUGCGUGUUCUGCCUCGGCUGCACCCGCUGGGCAUGGAAACGCCUCACCUAUGUCGGCUCAUACGACUCCGAAUCAUGGCCUCCUGCCUCCGACGAAGAAAUCGAACCCAUCCCUCGCCUAUGCCGCGCCAUACUCGCCGUCUACGAGGACGAUCUAUCCCACCCCCGGUUUCCUCCUCCGUCCGGCUACGGCAUGAAUCCUCAAUGGCUCCUCAAACGAGUGCCCUACGAAGAAACCGAGGGCCGAUGCCCUCCCUACCUAAUCUACGCCGAUCAUGACCAUCGCGAGAUCAUUCUAGCCGUUCGCGGCCUCAAUCUCUCCCGUGAGAGCGAUUACAAGGUUUUGCUGGAUAAUCGGCUGGGAAGGCAGAUGUUCGAUGGCGGUUAUGUGCAUCAUGGGUUGCUUAAGGCGGCUACAUUUAUUCUUAAUCGGGAGACGGAGAUGCUGCGGCGGGUGAUUGGGGAGGUGGGGGAGGAAUAUAAGUUGGUUUUUGCCGGGCAUUCAUUGGGGUCUGGAGUGGCGGCGCUGAUGACGGUGAUUGUGGUGAAUCAUCGGGAUCAGUUUGGGGGGAUUGAAAGGAGACGGAUCCGGUGUUAUGCAAUUGCGCCAGCUAGGUGUAUGUCGUUGAAUCUUGCCGUGAAGUAUGCUGAUGUGAUUAAUUCCGUCGUUCUACAGGUGAUU